AUGGAGAGGAUAUUCGAAGCCAAGGAAUGUCCUGAUGAGAAGAAGUUGGCCUAUACCCAGUAUCUGCUUACCGGGGAAGCUGGUCAUUGGUGGAACAGCAUGAAGAUGAUUCUUGAAAUAAGUGGGACUCCUUGUGUGAGAUUUGCAAAGGAAGUGGAAUUCUUAGAGCUGGUGCAAGGCAGCAGGAUAGUGUCAGAGUAUGCAAAUCGCUUCAAGCAUUUACUUCACUUCAACACGAUGGCAGUGAAUGAAGAGUGGCAGUGCAGAAAGUUCGAGAAUGGCUUGAGGAAUGAUAUCAAGUUGCUGGUAAAGGGAUUGCGCAUCAGAGAAUUCCCUACAUUGGUGGAGAUGUCUCAUGAUCUAGAGAAGACGAAAAAGGAAUCUGAGGGAAAACAGAGUCAGCCUACUAGGAAUGGGGGACCAUCUGGGUCUCGUGAUGGAGUUAGUACUAAGAAGACCCCUUACGUUAGACCAUCCUUUCCUUUUGGGUCUAAGGGUUCAUCCUAUCAACCAUCGGUGCAGUCAGGACCAGCCGGCCCAUCCGACAUCGUUAGAUGUUAUACUUGUGGAGGACCUCAUUACCGGAACAACUACCCUAUGAGAAGUAGAGCAAAGAAGUGUUUCAAGUGCGGGAAGGAGGGGCAUUUUGGUGUAGAUUGUACUUCAGCAGUAGGAUCAGGGUAUCAGGCACAGAGAACUGGUUUGCCUCCACCCAGGGGAGGUGGCAGACCUCAGGCGAUGGGCAGAGUUUACGCCUUAGUGGGAUCAGAGGCAGUCAGCUCAGCAUCAGGAUUAAUUGGGACGUUUUCUGUGUGUAUCCGUUAUCCGAUUGUCAUAAAGAGACGUCAGUUCAAGGUAAACCUCACCCAUUUACCUUUGCAAGGAUUAGGAGAAAUCUUGAGAAUGGAUUGGCUAUCCAUGAAUCGCAUCCUUAUCAACUGCGAUGAUAAGGAGAUGUCGUUUCCGGAUGAAGACAAAGAUGUCUUUGUCGAUCGACGUCGUGAGUCAAAACCUCCUGGAAGGUGCUAG